CUCUCACUCCCCUUUAUAUUGACCUUACCUCCAUUACUCCUCCUCAUUUCAGUUUCUAGAUUUCUUCAUUGUCUGAAAAGUAAAUACUAAAUCAGUUUUGUUAAUUUCUCUCUUUAUUAAGAAAGAAAACCCAAACAAGGAAGAACAUCAUGGAAGGAGUUACAAUGGGUAUGAGCAAAGGGAUUAAAGGGUAUUGGAGAAAAUCAAGAAAAGGGUAUGAAAGACUAGAUGGAUCAGGUCUGAAAUCAAAGAAACGCCUUGAAUUGGUCACUCUAGGAUCAUCAUCAUCAACAACAACAACACCAACAUCAGACCAACAACCUCAGAAUGGGAACAAGAGAAGAAGAAGAUUUUGGGGCAUUAAGAUUACACCCAAGCUGAAAAUAUUCUUAAAGAGAAAUUCACCAAAGAAGAUACUGAAAAAACUGAGAGAUGCAUAUGUGAAUAUGAUGUUGGGUUUUGCAAAUUCCAGUGUGUUUAGUUCUGGGUUUUCUUAUGUGGGUAAUGGUGGGUAUGGUGAUUCGGGUUUUAUGAAACCUGUUAGGAAAGAGUACGAUGAGAAAGCUAUUGUUGAGUUCUAUAAAUCUUUGAUGGCUCAAGGCCAAUUGAUGCCUCGUGAUGCAGCUAAAAUUGUUGCUAAUGGUGGUGGUGCUGGUGGUGGCGGUGGUUUGGUUCUCUGUAAGAAUUAAUAAAUUUCUUAGUUUUGAUUUUGGUUUUUGAAGCAACUUAUUGAUAAAGAGAAUCACUACCUACCUAAGAUGUUGUAAAGCAAAAGCCAAAAAAAGGAAAGAGCACUUAGUUUGGUGCUCAAGUGCUCUGAUAAUUAUAAGUGGGAAUAAUGAGUGUAAUCCUAUUGGCUACUGCUAACUAUGAAAUGACUAGUUUUUCUAGGCCAUCUCUGCACCAUUUCAACACUGGGGCCUGGACAUUCAACAGUUUUUACCGGAUUUUGCAAGUUUGCAAAUUCCUUUGGACAAAACAAGAAGAUUGCCAAAAAUGGAGUCUUUGAAUUUUUCCAUUACUGUCGAAAAGAAUUUACUGAAAGACUGAACUUUUCAUUUUUUUCUUUUCAUUUUUUCGCUUUCACUUUUGAAUGGCACUAAAUUGCGUAACCAUUUGGACUUUGGGGGAUAAGAUCAUCAUCCCAUUUCUUUAAAUGAUUCGAUUGUACGAAAAUGAUUUGUUUCCUAAGCAAUCAGAAGUCUCUCGUGAAUGUUUUAAGUUGGUAUCUCAUCUGUAAUAACGUUAAGUUGUCUGUUUCAUUCAAAGUCAGCAAGUACUGCACAUGUAAUGUAGGUGAAGUUAUAGUAUAAUAAUA